AUGCGAUGCAUUUGGCUCUUGUGGUCCUCUCUUGCCUGGCUUGCGGCUAUACUAUGUACAGUUGGAUGUCUCCUACCAUACUGGCUUAAGGGAUCCGUGUACCUUAUUUCUCCAGGUUCUACGAUAACCCGAAAAGAACAACCCAAUUUGGAUAAUGGAGAAUCCGGUGUGGUCCACUCUAUUCCGGAAUCGCAAAUAGCAUUUCCUACCGAUUUGGGAUUAUUUCGACGUUGCGGUUACCCGAUUUAUGCUGGCUGGAUUUCCGCGGAUCCGGUAAACACGCAUCCUCGUACACGUCCCGGUCGUAGUCGUGGCCGUCCACCGGUACAAUGGCAAACCGGUUGUGGACAUUACACUCACCUGACACAUAUGCCUCAUUUAGCCUGGCAUAUUGGAUUUCUCUUACUUGUCAUAGCCUGUGCACUACAAUUCUUCACCACAUUCUUCUUGUUUCUCAUGGGAUUUCAACUGUAUUUGAUUACGGUGCGGUCCAUCUAUCGCUCCUGUCAGUCAUUGCUUCUCAUUGCUGGUAAGUUCAAACAAAGAUAG